CGGAUGCGGGUGUAUCAAAUCUAGACGUCGGAUAUUUGCCUGCUUUAGGCUGCAUGCUGCCGAUGCGAAGCUCCUGGAACCAAUGGUGACGAAGGAGAAGCAGCCCGCACCAAUACCACCGCCACCUCCGCGGCCUUGAUUGGCGCGAGCUCUCAGCACCUUCGCUCCUGUGUUGUACGAGCAAUUCAUAACAACAUCAUUAUUCGAGAGCGCUGCAUAACCAGAGAACGUCCUGUUACUCCACCUCCAUCUGUCCCUCAUUCCGAUCAUUAUUAUUGUCGCCAUCAUCUGUCCUCACCCAUAUUAUUAACGUCUUUGUUUGACUGGAGCCUGGAAGCUAGGGAUUUUUCACCUCGGAUCGCUGACCUUCGUCGGUCGGCCAUAUCGUUGCUCCGCUGCGGCUGAAUCCUUGAGCUUGAAUACUACUUAGCUAGGCAUACGACAAAAGGACCUUCGAAGGACUGCCGGUUUUUCCUAGUUACUGGAACCCUACAGCCACUCCGUCCGGUCAUCUCAUUUGACUACUGGGCGUUGUCAAUUUUGUUCCUCUCGAUAUUCACUUCACCUUUGCAGUCGAUUCAGCCAUGGCAGUAUUAUCCAUCCCAACCAUCCCAAUACCGGUGGUCCUCAUCGCCCUUGUGGCUUUGUUCGCUCUACACAGAAUCUCCUAUGAGCUGACAACUGGCGCCCGGCGCCGCCGCAUGAUCCGAGAAAAUGGCUGCGAACCAGUAUCUCAAUACCCCCACAAGGGCCUUGGUGGCAAGCUACUCGGAUUGGAUGUCAUCAAGGACAUGAUCCAGUCGGGCAAGGAAGGCCGCAUGCAUGAAGCGACUCGGGCGAGGAACUUUUCGAAUGGAAGGAAGACUGUCAAAGUCAAGGUUCUAAGAACCAGAAUCAUUUCCACAAUCGAGCCGGAGAACAUCAAAACGAUCUUGUCGACAAGGUUCCCAGAUUACUCCCUGGGGGCACGACGGAUAGGAGUUUUUGUUCCCAUUUUCGGACAUGGUAUUUUCUCGACCGAUGGUGCUGCUUGGGAGAGAUCGCGAGCUAUGGUUCGGCCGAACUUCACACGUCAACAGGUUGCCGACCUCGACAUGUUUGAGGCACACGUGUCUCAUCUGAUUGAUGCAAUUCCGCGUGACGGGUCGACGAUCGAUUUGCAGGAUUUGUUCUUUGGUUUGACUAUGGAUUCGGCUACAGAAUUCCUGUUCGGGCAGUCUACUAACACGUUGGCACCCGGACUCGAGACCAAGUCGGCGAAUGAAUUCGUCAAGGCAUUCGUAUACGUCACUGAGAAUGUAUCGAAGAAUUUCGCCUCUGGCGGGCUGACAAAAUGGAUUCCCGACAAGAAAUGGACGAAGAGCGUCAAGAUCAUGCAUGAUUUUGCGGACGCCAUCAUUCGGGACGCGAUGGAAGAAGUCAGGAGGGAGAAGAAAGACGGCACCCGUCGUUAUGUGUUUUUGCACGAAUUGCUCCACCAGACGCAAGAUCCCUACGCUCUACGAUCCGAACUGCUCAACAUCCUUCUGGCGGGACGAGAUACCACGGCAGGUCUGCUUUCCAACACAUGGCAUGUGCUGUCCAAACGAGGGGAUAUCUGGGAGAAGCUGAGAGCCGAAGUUGACGAGCUGGGCGGAGAACGACCGGACUACAGUAGGAUCAAGGAGAUGAAGUAUCUGAAGUGGGUGCUGAACGAGUCACUGCGACUGAUGCCCGUGGUUCCGGGGAACAGUCGGGAGGCCAUCAGAGACACGAUUCUCCCUGUUGGUGGUGGUCCAGAGGGCAGAUCGCCUGUGCUUGUGAAGAAGGGCGAAAUUGUGGGAUACUCUCCAUGGUCUAUGCAUAGACGAGAAGAUUUCUAUGGACCCGAUGCCCUGGAAUUCAAGCCGGAGAGAUGGGAGACGCUGAGACCGGGCUGGGAGUAUCUGCCUUUCAACGGCGGUCCUCGGAUCUGUGUUGGCCAACAGUAUGCUCUGUUGGAGGCAAGCUAUGCGACCAUCAGAUUGAUACAGACCUUCCCCCACAUUGAGAGCCGCGAUGAGCGCGAAUGGAGGGAAUGGAUGACCAUCACUCUGGCUAGCGGCGUGGGCUGCAAGGUCGCCCUUUUUGAGAAGUGAGGUAGGGUUGUGAGUCUACUCUACCGAUACCUGGAAGCUACAGAGCAGCCUUGUAUUAUUAGCAGGUUCUCUUGAUGUCUUUUGUUUGGAAGGAGUCUUGGGAGCUUCUGCACGUAAUGCAUCGAACCUUUUUGCUGCUCAACUCAAUC